GAGAUCAGUGCCGAGCUGUCAAAGCGAGCAGGGGUGGCUCCGCGAGUGGGAACGCCGCACAGGUGCCAAGUCCCCAGCUCCAGCUCCCGACUCCCAGCUCCCUGCGCCCAAGCCCGGGCCACAGCCAUGAACGGCGAGGAGCAGUACUACGCGGCCACGCAGCUUUACAAGGACCCGUGCGCAUUCCAGCGGGGCACAGCGCCGGAGUUCAGCGCCAGCCCCCCUGCGUGCCUGUACAUGGGCCGCCAGCCGCCGCUGCCGCCGCCGCCGUUCCCCGGCGCCCUGGGAGCGCUAGAGCAAGGCAGCCCCCCGGACAUCUCCCCGUAUGAGGUGCCCCCGCUCGCCGACGACCCCGCGGUGGCGCACCUCCACCAUCACCUCCCGGCUCAGCUUGCGCUCCCCCACCCGCCCGCCGGGCCCUUCCAGGAAGGAGCGGAGCCGGGCGCCCUGGAGGAGCCCAGCCGCGUCCAGCUGCCUUUCCCAUGGAUGAAGUCUACCAAAGCUCACUCGUGGAAAGGCCAGUGGGCAGGCGGCGCCUACGCGGCAGAGCCAGAGGAGAACAAGCGGACCCGCACCGCCUACACGCGCGCACAGCUGCUGGAGCUGGAGAAGGAGUUCCUAUUCAACAAGUACAUCUCACGGCCGCGCCGGGUGGAGCUGGCCGUAAUGCUGAACUUGACCGAGAGACACAUCAAGAUCUGGUUCCAAAACCGCCGCAUGAAGUGGAAAAAGGAGGAGGACAAGAAACGCGGCGGCGGGACAGCUGUCGGGGGCAGCGGGGUUGCGGAGCCUGAGCAGGACUGCGCCGUGACCUCCGGCGAGGAGCUGCUGGCGCUGCCGCCGCCGCCGCCGCCCGGAGGUGCCGUGCCGCCCGCUGCCCCCGCUGCCGCCCGAGAGGGCCGCCUGCCGCCUGGCCUUAGCGCGUCGCCACAGCCCUCCAGCGUCGCGCCUCGGCGGCCGCAGGAACCACGGUGAGAGGCAGGGGCUGCUCCUGGCUGGGCAGGUUCAACCACUCGCCGAGGAGGAGCAGAAGGCCUAAAAGGACCCCGGGCGUGGACCACCAGCCCUGGCAGUUGAAGGGGGCAGCAAUUGCGGGGCCCAGCUUUGACCGAAGGGGAAAACCCGCUCUCCCAGGGGCAUGUGCCAAUUGGGGCCCGGCAGGUAGAUGCUGGCAGAUCUUCCGGAAGAAAAAGAGCCAUUGGUUUCUGUAGUGUUGGGGCUCUCUUUUAGUGAUACUGGAUUGGCGUUGUUUGUGGCUCUCGCGCACCUCCUGCCCGCCUCUAGAGAAGCCGACUCUUCAAAGAAGAUGGAAACUGUACUGUACACAAGGGAAAACUACCCAACCCACAGCUGGGGAGCUGCACCGAGUGCCUUAGUCUGCUCAUAAACAAGGCCAUUCUUACUCCGGCGACCACUUUAAGUUUAGAAAUAAUUGAAAGAAAAUGUUUGAGUUUUCAAAAAUCCCGUGAAAUUGAUGCCAGUGGAAUACAAUGAGCCCUCCUCUUUCUCCUCUUCCUCUUCAUCUUCCCUCUCCUCUUCCUCCUGCUUCUUCUCUUACUCUUUUCCUUCCUCCUUCUCUUCCUCCUGCCCUACUUUCCGCUCCUCCUCCUCCUCUUCUUCUUGCUCCUCCUCUUCCUCCUUCUCCUCUUCUUCUCCCUCCUCUUCCUCCUCCUCUUCCUCCUGCUCUCCUUUUCUCCCCCUCCUCUUCCUCUUGUUCCUUCCUCCCCCUCCUCUUCCUUCCUUCCUCCUCCUCCUCUUCCUCUUCUCCUUCUCCUUCCUCUUCCCCUUCCUCCUCCUUCUUCCUGAUCUUUCUUCCUCUUCCUUCUUCCUCCUCCUCCUCUUCCUCUUCUUAUCCCUUCUGGUCCUUUCUUUUCUCCUCUAGCUGCACACUUCACUACUGCAUAUCUUUUAACUUGAACGCCUUUCUUCUGAGGAAGAGAACAUCUUGCAAGGCAGAGCGAGUAGCGGCAGGGCUGGCUUAGGAGCGGUGCAAGAGCCCCUGUGCCCCAGUUAAUCCCACGCUGCCGUCAGGGAAAGUAAGGGGAGACAGGCCUAGAUCUGGGGGUGAAGGAGAAAGAUGAACCCCUGGGUGACCACUAAACCAAAAAUAUUUGGAACUUUCUAUUUAGGAUGUGGAUGUAAUUCCUGUUCGGAGGUAGAGGCUGUUCUGAAGGCAAGCACAGUGGCCUAGUGCGCCUUGGAAACAAACAACUAUUCACAAGCCAGUAUGAUUUUCACAUCUUCAGGAAUUAUGAAGACGUAUCUGAUUGGAGUGUUUGGAAAACCGUUAUCUUAUUUAACGUUUUAAAAUUACCUAACAGUUCUUUACAAACAGAUCUGUGCAUUCCAGGCCUUGUGUUCAGGUUAUGUUUGUGGGAAAGGCUUAAUAAAUACGCAUAAUACGGGAAGCGAUAAAAACUGA